AAGGUGGUGCUGCAGGCCUGGUACAGCACCAGCUACAGCAUCGGCAAGAACACCAUCCUCUGGAACUUUGUAGCCAAUAACUCUCAACUGCUCCCAACUACCAGAGCGCCAAGUCUAGGACCAAAAGGCUUCUCAACAGCUUCUAACCCCAAGCCAUAAGACUGCCCCCGGAAAAUUGAUAUCCCCCCUCCAUUUUGUACACUUGCUACUCGCUGUUUUUAUUAUCUAUGCAUAGUCACUUCACCUACAUGUACAAAUUACCUCAACUAGCCUGUACCCCCACACACUGACUCAGUACCGGUGCCCCCUGUAUAUAGCCUCGUUAUUCUUAUUGUGUUACUUUUUAUUGUUACUUUUUAUUUUAGUCUACUUGGUGAAUAUUUUCGAAACUCUUCUUGAACUGCACUGUUGGUUAAGGGCUUUUAAGUAAGCAUUUCACUGUAAAGUCUACCCUUGUUGUAUUUGGUGCAUGUGACAAAUGUAAGUUGUAUUUGAACUACAACUGAAAAUCUUUCUUGCUUGGCCAUCUGUGGGGGAAUAGUAUCAUGAAGGUGUUGACUGCUGUUAAUCUGGCAAAACUGUUGUGUGUGUGGUGGUUGUGUGUGUGUGUGUGUGGUGUGUGUGUGUGGUGGUUGUGUGUGUGUGUGUGGUGGGUGUGUGUGUGUGUGGUGGUUGUGUGUGUUGUGGAUGCAGCUUUAACCCUUUACAAAACAAAAACAAAUCAAGCUGGUGAAAGCGGGCAGUUGGCCAUAAGGCUCUCAUCUGGCUUGGAUUUUCAAACUUGCAUCCACAGACAGUACUAUCUAGGGAUGUGCAUGGGCUUAUAUUUGCUAAUCACAGAUUUGUUUUACAGUAGUAUACAGAUGGACCAAGUCCCAAAGGGGAAAAACAAAGACAAAAAAAAUCCAGUUUGAGUCUAGUAGUUACCAUUCCACUACAGUAGCACUCACCAACAGUAGAUUGGGAGGUUGCAGUUGUUGGCUUGAACAGAGAAAGCUGCUUUGGCUAAGGCCCAGUCAUGGAGCGGUACUCGGAUUUAACUACAGAAUGUCUGAGCUGUGUGCCUUUAUCUCAACUCUGAAUCAGACUGUUCGUCUUUAGCUCCAAAUGAUAAUUCUGUCUUGCUUGUUUGCAUAAUGAUCUAUAUGACAUUUUAAAGUACUUUACUUCUAUUCAUACUCCAAUGUACUCAAUAUUGCCUUGUCAUGGCUCAAUUAAGAAGAUAACAUUAGCUAAGAGAACCUCUUAGUAAUGGUAGACUACAUGGUGUAAAAUAAAGAAAAAGGAUAUUCUAGGGACUUUUUCAACAAUCUUCAUGGCUAUUGUCCCCUCCAUCCAACCCACACAGAUAAUCUCCUACACCCUAGACUCAAUUAGUUUAGGCAGCCCGCAGUUUGAGGAGCGAGUGGGCUUCACAGCCACCAUGCCCUCUGCCAACCUGUCUCUGUACAUCAACAACACGAAGGAGUCAGACUCGGGACGCUACUUCUGCCAGGUCAUCAUCCCCGGGGCCCAGGGCUUGACCGGGGAACUUAUCCUCGACGUCAUUGUCCCUCCUGCUGUACCAGAGUGCGCUCUGUCGGGGAAGCCAGUUCUGAAAGGCAACGUCACGCUGAGCUGCAAGUCCAAGUCAGGCAAGCCCAUCCCCAUGUACAAGUGGCAGAAGACCAGCCCCACAUCUGAAGUCUUCUUCUCUCCCAUGCUCAAUGAGAAGACAGGCACCCUGAAGCUGAGCAACCUGAGUAGCAACAUGUCGGGGAAGUACGUGUGUUUGGCCAGCAACACGGCCGGCACAAAGAGAUGCUACAUCAACCUGGAGGUCAUCACCUCGACCAACGCAGGGAUGAUUGCUGGGGCCACGGUGGGCUCGGUGCUGGGCUUAAUCUUCAUCAUCCUCUUCCUCGUUGGUCUCCUGAGGAGAAGGAGAGACUCUGAGGAGGACCUGGCCAAUGACAUCAAGGAGGACGCUCAGGCUCCCAAGCGCGUCUCGUGGGUCAAGAGCGGCGGCUCUGGCUCGGACGUUGUCUCCAAAAAUGGCACACUCUCCUCCAUCACUACCGCCAACAGGCCCCACCAGAGGGAGCCCUCUUCCCAGCUAUAUCCCAGCUAUAACCGCCCUCCCUCUGACACCACCUCCAUCAUCACUGCCACAGGCAGCAUCUCUGGCUACCGCCCCGGGCCGCGUGAUGGAGCCUCCACACCCACCCAUGGCCACGCCCUGCCGGGCUACAGCUACAACACUGAUACAACCCUGACCCGCGGACAACUGUCUAAUUCUGCAGCACCCAGUGCCAACGUUAGUCCCAGAACUCAGCACCCACAGAGCUAUACCCAGCCCCAGACAGCACGUCCAGCCCCGCGCCCGCCACCUCUGCCCACUGUCGUGACCGCGUCCAACAUUUCCCGCAUGGGAGGGGUUCCCAUCAUGGUGCCAGCUCAGAACCAGGCCGGCUCACUGGUGUAGUGUCAGUCUGUCAUGGUGCAGUGUCCAUUUACCCUUCAACUGUACUUACUCACAUAGAUUUUCAAAAGGAAAAGAUUCAAAUGCCACAAAGAAAAAGCUAACUCGAGGAUUAAAGCUUGAAUUGGCCAUCGAAGAUGGAGCGUUUGACCUGCUCAAAAUGCAGUGAGAUCAUUGGUAAGACCUUAAGAGAUGGACUGUGUUGCUACACAGGGCUAAUUUAUUUAAUGAAGUAUACAGAAGUACAUUUUAUUAAAAUGUUUUUUAUUCUCCAUAUGUAUACAAAAUAUGUACAGAUCUGGAUUUCAUACAUUUGGGAAGUAUUUCGUAUUUUUCCUAUUGCACAUUCAAUCAGUGUAUUUUUUUUACAAAGUUUUCCAAUGCAACUAUUUAAGUCAUCGGUCUUUCUCUGACAAGAUUGUAUUCACUCUAUCACGUCCUAUCAAGGCCAUUGUAUGAUGUCACUUUCAAAACGGGGACUUGACAAGAUGUCAUGGUACACUGGUGCUAGAUCCCCUGAUUUUACUUUGUGCAUUCCUGCAGAUGGAUAUGACAAUUUAGAUUAUGAAGGACCAAAUUAGUUUGAAGAACAGCAUAUUAUUCAUUUUAUUUUAUCUAUUUUAACUUCUCAAAUGAGUGUAAAAAAAAUAUGGUGGACUACUGCUGAAUACCUGUGUGGCAUCAUGCAGUUAAGAGAAGAAACUGACUGGGCAUACUAGAUUGAACAUUUGCUACUAGAUUUUCUAAAUGCAAAGUACACUUUUUGCCUUUUCAUGUUCCUUGUUUCAAACUUCACGACAAUUAUCUUUAGACACAGCUCUUAAAACGUAUGUCUUUUACCACAUAGGAAUAGCUUUUCAUAUUAUGUAAAAUACAAUUUGACACAUUUUGUCAAUUACAUGGAAUUUAGCGACUAAGAUUAUGGUUACACCAUCGAGCUGUAAUGAUUUUGGGUCGCUCUCUGCAAGGAAAUUGUAAAUAAGGUUUGCUUUCAAUUGUAUUUGAGGCUGUUCAUUAACACUUGUGACUGACUGGAUACAAAAGCAGAGUUUCUACUUGUCAACAUCCCAAGCCGACAAGUUAAUUGAUGGAUAUAGACCCAAAUGUCAUCAUAUCAAAUGAGUAAGAUGAGGUACUUGUUUGAAAUGGAGGAGGAGGUGUGAUGGUGUGGGGGUGCUUUGCUGGUGACACCGUCUGUGAUUUUAUUUAGAAUUCAAGGCACACUUAACCAGCAUGGCUACCAUAGCAUUCUGCAGCGGUACACCAUCCCAUCUGGUUUGCGCUUAGACCCACUAUCAUUUGUUUUUCAACAGGACAAUGAACCAAAACACACCUCCAGGCUGUGUAAGGGCUAUUUGACAAAGGAGAGUGAUGGAGUGCUGCAUCAGAUAACCUGGCCUCCACAAUCACCCGACCUCCACCUAAUUGAGAUGGUUUAGAUGAGUUUAGACCACAGAGUGAAGGAAAUGCAGCCAACAAGUGCUCAGCAUAUGUGGGAACUCCUUCAAGACUGCUGGAAAAGCAUUCCUCAUGAAGCUGGUUGAGAAAAUGCCAAGAGCGUGCAAAGUGGUCAAGGCAAAGGGUGGCUAUUUUGAAGAAUCGAAAAUACAAGAUGUUUAACACUUUUUUUGGUUAAAGGAUUCCAUAUGUUAUUUCAUAGUGUUGAUAUCUUCACUAUUAUUCUACAAUGUAGAAAAUAGUAAAAAUAAAGAAAAACCUUUGAAUGAGUAGGUGUCCAAACUGUUGACUGAUACUGUAUAUUUCCGGAUGUUGUGUAUCCCUGGGGUAAGUUAAGCUGCGGGACAGGGUACAUUAAUCCGCAUACAAAGUUGUGUACUUAAUGAAAUAUUACCACAACCUUUUUAAAACCAUGUCUAUCUUUAUUACCCAAACUAAAUUCAGCACAAUCACAAUAGCGUUGUUUUAUUUUAAUCUUUUAUCACUGACUUAACACCUAACAAACUUUGUACUGUCACCUCAUAUCCCAGUGAUAAUGUAUUAAUCAUCAACGGCAAAUUAUUUUGUAUUAAAGGGAAAAUAUGACUACUGGCCUCUUUUAUAUUGUAAUGUAUAUACAUUGUAACACAGGAAUAGAAUUCAAAAAGAGAAAUGAAUUAUAUAAACGUUGAAUGUUACAGAAUAUUUUUUAAAUACUAGCUUCGUUUGAACUGAUAAUGGAACAGACACUGAUGGCCAAGAUGGUGCAUAUAUGCUCAACCAUAGACCACUAUGUGCAUGAGUUUCUUAUACUUAUGUAUAUGGAAAAUAAUUGUAUCAAUAGAUUGUGUGUAAUAAAGCAUUUGUAUAAUUGA